UCAAACCAGAUAAUAUUCUAUUGGACCAUGAGGGUCAUAUAAAAAUAGCAGAUUUUGGCAUGGCCAAGCAGAACAUUUUUGGCAGUAGAACCAUCACUGGCCAGGCUGGAACACUCGACUACAUGGCUCCGGAGAUCCUCUCAAACAAGGGUUACAAUGCGGCGGUGGACUGGUGGGCAUGUGGAGUCAUCAUCUGUGAAAUGGCCACCGGAGAGAUCCCAUUCCCAGAUGACAGCGAUGAUGAGGACUUCAGUGACGAACCCAACAUCCCUUCCUGGCUGAGUAAGGAUCUCAAAGAUCUGCUGAGAAAGCUACUGGAGAGGAAUCCUGACCGGCGCCUUGGUGUGUAUGGCAACAUCAGACAGCACCCAUUCUUUUCAGCCAUUGACUGGGAGGAGCUGGAAUGGCCGCCAGUACCAUCCCCUUUCGACCUUGAAACAUCAUCAAGGGAGCAGAUGAAGCCAUACGAAGGAAAGGCUCUAUCAUUCCUGGAGUCCCAGAAGAACAACAACGCAUCAGGGGACACAAUGAACAUUCCAGGCCUUUCCUUCAUAGAUUCUACUUGGCAGGAUUAAGUUUCAGUAACCAUCAACUAUGAACUUCGGAACAAGAACAUCUCCACCUGCUGCAUUGAGACACCAUCAUACUCUGCAAUGCCUGGUCGUACCAUCUGAUCCAGUGCCACCUGGGAAACACCUUCUAGACCUCACCCAGUAACAUCAGGAAGAGGUAAGUAUAUUUAUAUUUAUUUAGAGCGAAUGGUGCGUGAUUGUGUGAGAGAAUGUGAGAUAUGAAAGGCUAAGGACGUAACAGGACAGGCAGAGAUGGCUCCUCUUAUAGGAACCAAAUUCCAUCAGGCUCUGCUGUCUGUCUGUGAAGCCCAUGCCCUGUUUUAAUGCGCAGACAACUGAUCCAGAUCAGGAAGGGUUUUUUUCCCCUUCUGUAGCAAAUUGGCCCCCGCUUCAGAUGGGUUUUUUCUUUCCUCUGGAUCAGUUGGAAUGUGCAAAGGGUUGUGCUUCACAGACAUGUCUUUAUCAACCUCCAUAGUUAUAUUGUUAUUAUUAUUCUACUAUUGUUAUAAUGUUAAUGUUAAGUAUUAUAUAUGUUAUAGGAGGCAAGGCCUGUUAUGCCCGGAGUGAAUGGUGUGUGAAUGGCCAGUAACAUGGUUGAAGCCUUGGCGUGGCGUUACUGCUCACAUGAGUAUAAACAGUGCCAGGCCAAGUCGGUUGGGUGCCCUAAGCAACCCGGCCGACCACGUUGUGCAUGUGCAGAAGAGUGCAAGUGGCGAGAUAUCACGAGUGCGCCUGCGCAGAAAAGCGGAAGCGUGAGUGUGCAUGCGUAGAAGCACAGAAAUAUCAUGAGUGGGCAUGCGCGGAAGAUCGCACACUCGGAUACUGAAGAAACUGCUGGCAAAGCUCCUGGACACAACGGUCUGAACUAGGGAAAGGCAUCAGAAGAGGUACAUGCCUGGCACCCCUCUACCUUUGUGCCCUAGGCACCUGCCUCUUCUGCCUACACCUAGUUCCAGCCCUGAGUAUAAACAUGUGCUAAUUUAACCAAUUGUGAGACUGUAAUAUUGUCAGAAAAUGUAUUUAUUUAAGUCCAAUCACAGGUAUUUCAAAAGUGUGGCCACAAUGAUUUUCCUACGUUUUGGAUCAACUGCAUAAUCAUUAAGACGAUAUAUGGGAAUCGGUAAGUUAAUGGGCCAGAUAUUCUUCGCCCAAACUACACAAAAGUACAAUUUGGCAUGUGGCAUCUCAUACCAUUCCAGACAUUUAGACAAUGGUCUAAUUAUUAUUAUUUUAUUCCCUUGUAUCACAACCCUGCAGCCCAAUGAGUUGCUGAAUAUAAAAUUAUCCAUUUAUUUCCCUAUCUCUUAGGCUUAAGGGUUGUAAAGCAGUAAUUAGUGAUCUAGUGGUCAUACUUACUUUCUGCUACACAGGAACCUUACUUAAAGGAAUAAAAUGAAAUAUAUUAUUAUGCAACUAGAUACCUUUUUUCAGAUAAUGGAAUAUUAUCAGCUCUAAUUAACUAUACAUUACUCAUUGUUUUUGUUUAAAUAUUCAGAAGGGGUUUUUUACAGAGAGAGCUGUG